AUGUCGGAUUCUAAUAACAGUGAACCCAGUACCUCAACACAAACACCCUCACAACCUCCCGGACGGCCUCCCCAGGCAGAGGUCCUGCGAACCCGAGAACUCUGUGACUUCAUCAUCCAACACCUUCAGACUUUCAAACUUGGUCACAAACGCGUCCAAUUACCAGCCAAGAAGCGUCGAAAAAAGGAUGCCCCGCCGCCAUCGCCGCAGUACACUUGGGUAGCCACGAAUGAACAGGACGAGGCCAACUUCCGGGCCAAAAACCUGAUGUGGGCCGGCUUCGUGACCCGCGCGAUGCACGAAGCGGCGAUGGAUUGUCUGUGGGGUGACCUUCCCGGUUUCUGCCCUCUCCUGUUUACGAUUCCCAUUGCCUCGCUAGUCGAGGGAGGCAGUGGAAGAAGAAAUGGUGAGGACGAGGAUCAUGAGGGGACACGUUCAUGGAUUUUCACAGAUAUGUUGGCUGAAGAUAAUAUCGGUAACUUUCUAGCUUACGCUUCACGAGUCCGAUCUGUCACAUUAGACGCCGAAAAGUGGACGAUAUCGCCUCAGGUGUACAUGGAGUUCAGCCGCUUCAUAGGACAGAACCAAUCCCAGAUCUUUCCCAAACUGCGAACCCUCAAGAUCACCGACUUUACCGAAAGCGCCAACUCGAUUAUCCACCUGCUUCUCUUUGACUCGGUUACGAAUCUCCAGAUAACGGCACCCCUGAAGCUGCGAAACCCCUUCGUCUCCCCCAUGUUCUCGAAACUCAGCGCGAGCAGUGCCCUGCAGAUUGUCCAGGUCGAACAAAAGAGCCCAUAUGCUGAUUUUGAAGUACCUUGGGCGAUGUUCCGACUCAAAGGCUUGGAGACGCUCACCAUAAAGGCCUCGGAUCGUCACAUCACCGCCGAAUCCCUUGCCCCUCUAUCUGCGAAUCUGCCGGCCCUGGCAAAGCUACGCCUCUCCGACAAGCCGAUCCCGGGUCGGUGGGACAGAAGCACAGACGACGAACAUGACGUCCAGAACCCAACGCCUCUCUUGGACUUCCAGCAUCUCCAACACCUCAGCUUAUGGCCUUCUCUCGCCACGCACGCCAAAUCACUUGCCCAGCUCCGAAUCUCCACUACCACAUCCGGGGAGCGUUACACGGGCGCGAGACCAGAGUGGAAGCACCUCGUCGAUUUCGGCCGGAUCGCGAGUUUGGAGGUGCUCUCGAUCAAGGCGCCCUCGUGGAAGUCGUGCGGCACUGAGGCGGAGAACAGCCAAGUCUUCAAGCGGUUCAUGCAGAACUUGUCUUCUAGCACCAGCUUGCACACCCUGGAGCUCCCAUUCGAGUUCCAUGCAGAGUACGAUUGGCGCAGCAGGCACUCAACGCCGGCUUACCCGGACGCGUACACCAUCCUGCGGCACCUAUCCCAGUUCUCGCCCCCGAGCCUGCGCAGUGUGUCGAUUAUGCUUAGUGUGCCGCUUGAAUAUGUUGCUGAGAAGGUGUAUCCGGGUUGUUUGAAUGGCGUCAAGCUCAAGAAGGCGCCGAUACGCACGCUUACGGUGAUGGAAGCGCCGAAUUGGAGUUAUAAGAGCCCGUUGCAUUUGCGCUCUGUUGCCCGCUUUUUGGGCGCUUCGUUUCCGGUGCUUAGGACGUUGCGGGCGACGGUGCCGCCUAAUUCCAAGGCUAAUGAUGUCAGAGAGAGGUGGAUGUUGAUUAACUUGUUGAGGCGGGAUUAUAAGAAACUGGGUUCUUCUGUUAAGGAUUAG